AUGGAUAACCAUCCGAAACGAUCACGACAUCCUAAAUUUCCUAAAUCAAGUCGAAAAUCUCAUCCUAUUUCUCUUCGUCCAAUUAUAUCGGGUGAAAUAUCUUCUCAAUUUCAACAUUCAGAAACUGGAAAUAUACGUCGAGCCAGCAGUGCCAAUUCCGAUCGAUUAAAUGACAUCAUUGAUGAUAUAACAUCUGAAGGUGAUGAUUCACGAACUGGAUCAUUAUCAAAAGCUGCAACAAAAUCAACAUCUAAGUUAGUUGAACCGUCUUCACCCACGAUGAAUGAGAAUCGCGAAUCACUUUUCACAUUACCUUCUGCAUCAAAUUCUUAUCGAGGUCAAGCAUCGUCAACACAAAAAUCAGAUCGAAGAAAAAAAAGCACAGGAAAAGAUAGAAAAUCAAAUCAAUAUACAGACCGAAAAGGUUUUUCCCCAACACGUACAAGUAAUAAUGAUGAUAGACCCGACCCAAUAAGUCGACGAAGAUCAAUGGGAGAAUUACGUCGACAUCAAUUAACUGAAUGCAUGGAGUAUUAUCGACAUUGUCUUGAAUCAGCUCAAAAUUCAAAUCCAAUUAGUAUAAAUGAUGAUCCCACCAAUAAUGAAAAACGAAAACAAUAUGCAAGAGCGCUGUGGUACGAACUAAAAAGAUUUUUUAAUGGAAACAAUACAUCAGACGAAAAUGGUAUUGAAUUGGAAAAACGAUCGAUUGAACAUCAACGAAAACGGUAUCUCGAUGAAUUUUAUUCUGAAUUUACUAGUUGUGACUUUGAAAAAUCCCAUCAUUUUCAUGAUCAUUCACCUAUUCAACGGCGAAAUUUAAAUGAAUAUCAUUUAAGUCAUUGUCAUGGAGUUGAUAAAGAUAUGGAGCUCUUAUUUGUGAAAUGGGAUCAAAUAUUAUCUUUAUUUCCUUCUUUUGCUGCACUCGAACAAUAUGAUAAACGUUUUGAUUCACGUACAAAAGAAGGAGGAAUGUUUUAUGAAAAAUUAACCGUUUAUCAAGCUUGGUUUAAUUUAAAUUCCGAAAUAAAUCGUUUGAUUCUUGUUCUUGGUCGCAUCAUGGCAUGUACACAAUGUCAAAUGUGGCCUAUUGUAUCUUGUUCGUCGGCGCCAAAGCUUAAUGAUAAUGCAACAGUAAAUGCAUCUCGUCCACCAACACCUUCAUCCACAUCUAGUGGUGAACAAAAAGAUGUUUUUGGUGCAUCUCCAUCGAAUUCAACGUUUUUCUUAACUAACCAAACACCAUUAAAACAGCAAUGUUCAAAUCUAUCCAAUUCUUCACGCAUAUCUGCAUCAUCAUCGUUUUCGACAACACCUGACGCAACGACUAGACGACAUCAUACAAUAGCUUCAGUACCUAGUAUGGAUAACAUUUAUCAAUUGUUAACAUCAACAUCGCCAUUAACAGAAUAUUAUUACAGAUAUAUUGAUGAUCAAUUAACACAUGCUCGACUUGAAUUAAUAGCAAGUAUAUUUCGUUCAAAACAUGGCCCAUUAUUACAACGAUUACGUUAUAUAUUUCGAAAAGAACAAACAACCAGCGGAAAUCCGGUAUCAACAACGUUUGAUGCCAUAUUUAAAAAUCAUCCAUUACUGCCAGCUAAUAGUGUUCCGAACGAUUAUUUAAUUGAUGUUGGACCUGAUAAAUUGAUUGAUGAAUUUUUAAUUCUAAACAAACAAAUACAAGAACUAAAAAAUCCAAAUCUUACAAAUAAAAAGAAACAACAGGGUAGAGCAACAAGUUCUGACCUCUCAAUAAAUAUUCUUAAUCGUUUUGAUCUAAAUCCAACAUUAACAUCAAGUACAUUCCCACCGGCAUCAGCACCAACAUUAGUUUUAAAAAUUUCCUGUCAAGAUCGAAGUGUAAUUAAGCGUCAAUCUUAUUUUCUUGAUUAUCUCGAUCCAACAUCAUUUCCACAUUUACCUGGCUCAACCUUAUUUCCUGAUCCAUGUACAUUUCUAGAUAAUUUACCAUUCAAUUCGUUGUCACAAUUACCAAACGAAGAAAAUGUGUUAAUUGCAAAAAUGUUAACUAUAUGCUAUCGUCUUUAUGAUAAACAUGUUUGGACUGAGAGUGGAAAAUUUUCUGAUAUGUUUGAAUUAUUCCAUUUACCAUCACUUUAUCCGCAGUAUGUUUUUCUUGUUCAAAUUCCAUUAGAUAUAAUGCUUGCUUGGCAAAAAUAUCAUCAAGAUAGAAAAAUGGAACAGACAUCAACAACAGUAGGUGCUCUACUUCUAUUAAUUGAUGAAUGUAAAAUAUUAAUUCAUAGCGCAACAUUAAUUCGUCAUUAUGUUAAAAUAAUGAUUAGUGACAUUUUCGAAACAUCUGAAUUAAAAUUAGUUGAAGAUGAACUAACACAAUUCGAUAAAAAUAUAACUGACACAUUCUAUGAAAUUAUUGGUUAUAUUGAGCGUUAUAUUGAACUUUCUUUACGUUCCAAUUUAUUUCAUAAUUGUAUUAUUUUACUAAAAGAACAAUGGAAAUCAUUGAAAAGUUACGCUACUAUGAUGAACAUUGAAGAAGAUUUUGGUGAUAAAUUUCUACACAUGUAUUCAAGUGUAAUCAAACAUUUUCAUGAUUAUAUCGAUGUAUUUCAUUCGACAACGACAACAACAAUAACAACAGAUGCAACUAAAGUUGAACAUAUUAGAAAGAAAAUGCAUAGGAAAUUUCAAAAAAAAUUAACAAUUGAUAUUCUACGUGAAGCUAAAGCUAUUUAUGAUGAUUGCUCAUUAGCCAUUAAUAUUUAUUUACAAAAGCCUGUGUGCCGAAGAUUUUUGCUUAUUCUUAAAACAGCUCGAUUUGAAAGAAUUAAAUUAGAUCCUCAUUCUCACCAUCAGCAUCAUCGUCAAACCACUAAACAUGACAAAGAAACAUUACCGACGUCACAAUGUCUUCUAUUUGCUCCGGCUGAAUAUUUUGAAGAUAAUGCAACAAAACUUCAAUUAAUUCGUACAUUAUCAUCAUCUUUUCAUAUAAAUACGAAUAAUCAUAUAGCUAGUGAACCAAGUGAUGAACAAUCAUCACAAAUACUAACUCAGCAACAAUCACCAACAUCAUCGCAACAGCCAUCGAAUUCGAUAGGUACUAUAUCUCCUCCAUUAGUCUAUGUGCUUUGUGUUCCAAUAUCCAAUGAGCUUGAGUCCGAAUGGCGUGGAGUAACGCAUACAAUAUCAACAAAUAAAAAUUUACCAUCAAUUUUACCAUUAAAUACCAAUUGGAAAACAACAACAAUAUUUCUCUUGACACAACAAACAAAUAAUAUGGAGAAAUUUGAAGAAUCCUUUAGAGAACGUUUGUCAAAAACCAAUGUUCAACAAAAUGAUCUAUAUAAUUUUAAUACAAAAACAGGACAAAACUUACAAAAACGUUCAUGUUUUGAAAAAGUUGAUCGUUCGAUGAGUGAUUUAGCACAUGCAAUAUUAAGUUUAAGCAAUUCUGUUGCCAGUAAUGUUGAACAGUUUGAAAAUAUUAUUGAAGCAAUUGAUAAUCAAAAUUUGUCCGGAGGUGAUAUUGAACAAUCGAAAAAGAUUGAUACACGAAAUUAUGUUGUAAGUUCUUUUGAAAAAUAUUAUGAUAAACUUGAAUAG